UCGUACAGUUCGAACGCGGCAAUGUUCUUCGAAAGCUUUCUGUUGAACUUGGCUAUUUUGGCAGCUUUAAUAGUCGCCCUAAUAUUCGACUAUGUUACGAAGUUCUUUAGCUACUGGUACAUCCGCCAUGUACCUUACAAGAUACCGUUUCCUUUCUUCGGAAGUGAUUAUCAUAGGGUAUUGAGGUUUCGAUCGACCUCCGAGGAAGUAAGAAACCUUUACACUAAGUAUCCGGAGGCGAAUUUUGUAGGUGUCAUCAAGAGUCGAAUACCUGAGUUGAUUGUGAAAGACCCGGAGUUCAUCAAGAAAAUGUUGUCGACGGAUUUCGCGAAUUUCCAUUGCAGAGGCAUCGCUCUCGACAGAUCUCGGGAUGUUUGCUUAAGAAACAAUCUAUUCUAUGCCGAAGGUGAAAAGUGGACCUUACUCCGUGAGGGAUUGGAGUGUUUAUUGAACGGAAUGCAUCGUGAACCUGAUGUCAGUUUACAUGUCUGUUUGUCAGGAACCAAUGAAGUUGUGAAUGUUCGAGGGCUGUUGUCAGAAAUAUUGGACGCCGUGUUUAAGGAUUGCCUCUUUGAGGGAAAGGACGACGGACUUAUACUAAAAGACUUACGUCAGUCAAUACAGCGUCGUACUUAUUUGGAGAUAUUCAAGAGUUAUUUGAAAGAAAUAUUUCCUUCUGUGUAUACUUUCUUCGGAUUAACCACCGUUCCAGGAUUGCUGACUGCGAAAGCUAAUAAAGUCUUGAAAGAAUCAAACUUAUUGACGAAGAUUCGACAAAUAGGUCUCAUAGAUCAAUUGAACUCGAAAAACAGGAAGGCUACUAGGACAGAAAACGUAACAGAAUUGGAAUUGACAUAUUCAAUGGUUAGUCUUUUCAUAACUGAAGGGUACAUACCGUGUCUUAAUGUUAUAACUUCCUUGUUGUUUGAAUUAGCAAAGAACUUGGAAAUCCAAGAAAAAAUCAGAACACAUAAUUCAGUUAACGUUGAUUAUUUAGAUGCCUGUGUUAAAGAAGCUUUACGUUUGUACUGUUCAUACCCAGUUAUAACAAGAAAGUGUGUCAAAGCAUAUGAAAUUCCAGAUAAUAAAAUGAUUUUGGAUAAGAAUAUCACUAUAACGGUACCGGUAGAAGCAAUCCAUAAAGACUCGAAGCACUAUAAGAACCCUUGUGCUUUUAACCCGGACCGGUUCUUGGAAAGUGAAAAUGAAAUGAGGCAUACAUUCGUGUACUUACCUUUUGGUGCUGGGCCUCGCAAAUGUAUUGGUGAACAGUUGGCUAUGCAGAUUAUGAGAAAAGUUACAAAAGCUAUCCUUGAGAAAUAUAAAAUCGAGACAACAGAAAGAACUCCUUCACAGCUGUCCUUUGAAGAUCAUAAUUUUAUGAAAAUCAUUAAAGAAGAUGUUUGGCUCAAGUUCACACCAUUGUAAUGUUAAUUUGUGUUAUCUUAUAACAUGACAUUCACGGUCUUGUUUCUAGGGUUGGUUUGGCUUUGAAGUAAAUAACGAUAGCACUCAACAUCGUUUGUGGAUUUGGUGGAAGGAUGAAGGAAGAUUAUUAGAACUAUUUAUUACAUAUUUAAAAUCAGCAUUUUUAUUAUAUAAUGUUAAAAGGACAAUUUUAUUUUAAGGUUAUGGUGUGUGAAAAAGAGUUUGUCGUAUAAACCUGUUAAUCAGCUGAUGUUUUAUUUUGUUAAUUUGUAAGCAGUUAACUGUAU